GAUACCAAACCUCGCUCACUCUCUCUCACUCUCACACACACACCCUUUCUCUCUCUAAACUCUAAAGCUUCUUUGUUCUUUGCAUUUUAUGGUUGUGGGCUUGACUUUGCAUUUUAUGGUUGUGGGCUUGACUGACUUUAAGGUUUGUAAAUAGCCCUUUUGGUCUUUGUGCCUUCCUGUGAUCUUGUAAUUUUACCUGCAAGCUCAGAUUUUUGGUUUCAGGCAAUCAAGACAUUUCUGUCUGAUGUCUCCACCGCUUUUGGGUAUUGAAGGUGAAGGGCAGGGCAAUGUAUCUGUAAUGGCUUCUUCAAAAUCUGUUGACUGUGUCUCUAACAACGGUUUGGGACUGAAAGAACGGAAUUAUCUUGGACUGUCAGACUCCUCCUCUGAGGAGAGUACUUCUAUGUCGACUGUGUCAAAAGAGAAGAAGAGCAGUUUAAAUCUUAAGGCUACAGAUUUGAGGCUCGGUCUACCUGGAUCUCAAUCCCCGGAAAGGGAAUCAGAACUUAACCUGCUGAGCUCAGACAAAUUUGAUGAGAAGCCCUUGUUCCCCUUACUUCCAUCUAAGGAUGGAAUCUGUUCCUCAAUACAUAAGUCUGUAGUUUCUGGAAACAAAAGAGUAUUCUCAGACACCAUUGAUGAAUAUUCAACUGUGAAAGCUUCAACCUUCAAUGAAAGAAACUGGAUGUUUUCUGCUGCUGGUUCCAAUUCUGAAACUCAUCAAUCUAUUGGACAAGGAAAAUUUUCCGGCAAAGCUGGUGUAAGUGUGCUUUCUAGCAGGUCAUGUGGUAAUGAACCAAGUGAGGUCCCAUCAAAGCCAUCAGUUGAGGGGCCACAUGUAGCAAAUGGAUCGAACCAGACCAAUAUGAAUAGACCGACCAACAGCAGUGCUCCUGCUGCAAAGGCACAGGUAGUUGGUUGGCCUCCUAUCAGAUCAUUCAGGAAGAAUACACUUGCUACCACAUCAAAGAACAAUAAUGAAGUUGAUGGAAAACCAAGUUCAGGUGCUCUCUUUGUCAAAGUCAGUAUGGCUGGCGCUCCUUAUCUGAGGAAGGUGGAUCUGAAAACUUACUCCGCAUAUCAAGGACUUUCCUCUGCUUUAGAGAAGAUGUUUAGCUGUUUUACCUUAGGACAAUGUGGAGCUGAGGAAGUUUCAGGGAAGGAGAUGCUGAGUGAGACCAAGUUGAGGGACUUGUUGCAUGGAUCUGAGUAUGUGCUUACAUAUGAGGAUAAGGAUGGUGAUUGGAUGCUUGUGGGAGACGUCCCUUGGGAAAUGUUCAUUGAAACUUGCAGGAAGCUGAAAAUUAUGAAGGGCUCUGAUGCUAUUGGAUUAGCUCCCAGGUCCGUGGAAAAGUGCAAGAACAGGGACUAGCUCUUGCCUUGGGUAUGGUGAGUAUGGUUUAGCUGCUACUCAGUCAAGAGGGAGAGACGCGAAAGUGGUGUAGGUCGUUAUCGACAGGAUAUACUGAGAUGGAAUGCAGAUCGUGGGUUGGCGCAAUUCUGGUGUUACCAGUGCUUUGGUUGGAUUAAUAAGUUAAAGUGAAUCUCUGUCCUUGAAAAGCUUUUUAAAUGCAAUAGUAUGUAUUCCAAUAACUGUGGAGUUGGAUAUUUCGACGUCAAAAAUGAAGUAGCUUGAACUGCCAAGUUUAUGUGUGAUUGAAAAACUUGUCCAGACUUGAACACAUUAUUUUUACUUGCUGCUUGUAUCGUUGUGGAUGUGCUAAUUCAGCUGCACAAGCUUUCUUCUAUGUUAUUCUUUUAUCUCU